GCACAUAUACGAUAGAGCAGCACAUCUAUCUUUUUCCCAAAGGCCAAACGCAAGUGGUGGUGUGGAUAAGGGAAGACAAUGGUAUAUUCUUUCAACUGGUACGGCGUGGUGGUGGUGUGCUACAUAGCUCACAGGGCCUUGCAGUACCUCAUCUACGUCUGCUUUGGCCUCGAGUAUAGCUACAUCAAUCCGUUCGCUCUCACGAUUCACGGGCUGAAAUACAAGUCGAAUGCUGCUGAGAAGGUUGGAAUCGAGGUGGGGCGAGUCAAGUUGCAUUUCUCGGUGUUCCGCAAACGCAACUCACACGUGAACCUCUCCAUUAGUGACGUUGUCUGCGACUUGACAGGGAUACCGGAGGUGAAUGCCUCUUCGGAGCACAGCGCCUCUGCACAUUCUGCGUCUGGCAGCAAGGAUUCAACGCCGAUCUACGAUAAAAAGUUUAUAGAAAAACUCGGGCACGACCGUCCUUAUGACCCAAAGGCACCUGUUGUCAUAUUCCCCGAGGACAAGAAGUUGAAACGACUCACCAAUUUCCUUAUCAAGUCGCUGCCACACUUAUCCUUUGUUUUCCUGAACUCGAAAAUCUUGCUUACCCCAGAUUUGUCGGUGGUGUGUGAGAAAAUAACAGGUAAGACCGACAUCAACAGCCCUGUUGCCAACCCCUCGUUUUUGAAAAGAUCGAGAAACUUGCAUCACACAUGGGCGUCAUCCCUACAGCUGGAGAACUGCUAUCUAUUCAGCAAAUCGGCGGAUCAGAUUCUAUCGAAAUUCAUUGGUCGAUGUGAAACUUCAAUCAAUUUCAAACUAGACUUGAAUACCGGAGUGGCCUCCUCGCUCAAAAUCAUACUGAGGCUCGUGGAGAUAGAAGUCUCGGUCCUUUAUCUCCUCAAGUUGAUAAAAGCUGUGAACCCAAAGUUUACGGUGGUAGAUGCCGAUGAUGCCGACGAGGUAGGAAAAAGUGACAAUCCAAAGAGCGUACACAAAUAUAGGCUUUACUUUUACGGUUUUGUCUUUAGGCUAUUAAAACAUGCCAGUGUUUCCAUACAAACGUUGUCUCUCACAGAAAUUCCUGCCACUACUACGAAAAAGAUUAACAAGUUUCUUGAGAAACAAGAUGAUGCUUCGCUCGAUGAUGUGAUCUUUGUUGCAGUAGAAGUAGCCUCUUCCUCUUUAGAAGUAGGCCCCGUGAGUCCAAAUCAGGUAGGAUAUAGUUUGAAAUUUGUUGAAGGAUCGUUGCCAUUACAAUGGAUUGUCACCUUAGGGAAUAUCAAGCUCUCAUUGAACUACUCAAAAAUACAGAACUACACUGGAACAGAAAAAGAGUUCGAUAUAAUGUUCAUUCCUAAUUUGUUAUUCACUCUGGAAUCUACCAUGCUGAUCAACCUCUUACGUGUCGUCUUUGAUAAGGAGAUCAAGCAUAAUUUUACGAAGAAGCAAACAAUAAGUGUUUUACAAUUGACCGUUGCGAACCCUUCAAUGGAUGUCAGUACCGAGCAACUAAGUAUACUAUUAAAAGCUUUCAAGGAAAGGAAGGUCGAAAUUGCCAAAAGAGGUAUGGAUACUUCAUCCGACCCAGCUACGCCAACCAGUGCAGGCACAUCCUCAUCCGAUGCGUCAAAAAAGGAUGAGAAACAUAGGAAGGAUGAGCUCAAGAAAAUUAUCUUGAACACUUCACCUAAGUUUCAAAUAAAACUACUUUUGGAAAAACCUCUACUGAUGAUCAAAUCCGAGAAUGGAGUUAUUGAAAACAGAAAUAUUCAUCUGUCCACCUUUCAACCUUCCAUGUUGAGCCUUCAGUUUGAAGUUACUGCCAUUGAUAAAGGUAUGGACUUUUCUUUUCGUUGCGAUAUUCCAGAUACAUCAUUAAUUUACCAGCGUGACAACCUCAACCGAAGUGCUGUCACGAUAAAGGAUUCUCAAAUUAAAGUGAAUGCUCACCUUUUUGAUCUUUAUGAUGUCUCUCUAUCUCUCGAGCUAGGACAAGUAAUGCUUGACUUGAAUAGUUUAGAGGUUUUGAAUGGUUUGAGUAUUUUGUACAAUUCUUUGCUGACACAUCUGCUUAAUAACAAACCAGUCAUCCCACGAAAAAAGAAUCAUAAAGUGGAUGCAGCUAAAAACGCUCAUGAAUCUCUAUUCAACCCUAUACCAGACUGGUUCUCUCAUGUUGGAAUAAGUCUGAACAAUAUCAUAUUGAAAAUUGGCUCCAAAUCCCUUUUUAUACCACCAGAUGAACUGUUAAGCGAAUCUAAUACUCAAAACAACAUCGUUAAUCAUAAAAUUUUCACACCAUCAAGUGUAACCUAUAGUAUCAAUAAAGUAGAUAUUCAGUUGAAGAAUCAAAUUCAAGAAGGAGAAAGUGAUGACAACCCUUCGACGCACUACUCGGAAUAUUCAAAAUCACCGGAAGAUUACUACUGGACUAUUUCUGGAAAAGUAGUCAACUCACAAAUACUAACCAGAAUGUUACACCCAAGCUUAGAAGUUGAUAUUAAGGAGAGAAUUUUACAGAUACCCGAAAUUGAUUUGAGUUUUUAUUGCUUAAAAAAUGGGGUUUUCGAACUUUCUAAUUUUGUUACGAAAUUGAACAUUUCUCAUAGUGUAUCUUCUCAUUUCACUAUUUUUUCAUCCUUUUAUUUACUCAAAAAUGCUUUGUCACAUCAUAAAUCCAGUAAACAAACAGAGAAUACUAGACAUGAACAUGCUUCCAAGGUAAAUUCCGAAUCUCAAACCGAAGAGCUAUCGUUACUUAAUGUGCUAAACAUAAAAUGGUUUUUAAAAGAAGCUCAGAUCAAAGUUAUGAUGCCGCAAGAGUUUAGCUUCAGGUUAGACUUAUUUGACCUUAAGGGAUUUGCAAACACUAAGACGGUUGUGAUGGAGCAAAAGCUUCUCAGGCUAGCAGUUAAAAAAUAUCCAAAAGCCGAAUUUUACAAUUGCCUUUUAACACUUGAUAAUAUGAGAUUGGUAUGUCUACUCCCUGAUGAUUCCAAUGAAUUAAUGAAAGUUUCUAUUCACGAUAGUAAUAUUAAAAUUUCUAUACCUUCAAACUUCAUAGUUCAUUCUCUUUUUGACGCAAUUAUUCUUACAGCUAAAUUAACCAAGAAGUUUAUUGCCUCUGUCAAAGAAGGGCCCUCGAGAACUCUCGAUAAGACCUCUCCAACAGGCGUGGUUAAGUUACCAAAUAUUAAACUUAAGUCCGAAUCCUUGGCCUUUAUGAUUGAUGAUGACCCAUUUGAAGCAGAGUUAAAUAUGAUAUUUCAACUCGGACUUUUAGAGCAAAGAGCUAGGCUUGAAAAGUACAAGUGUUUCAACCAAUACUUAGACACAGUGAAAGAAAAGGCUGGUAAUAGAUACAGCGAUGAUAAAAGGUUAUCUUUUUUGAACAAAAAUUUGAGCAGUUUGUUUUCAAACCCAUCUUUGCUGGAGCAAAACAUUGAAGAUGAAGAAUUGGCAUUUAUUCUGACGGACUGUGGCAAGAAGCUACACAAACUUAGAGUCAAUAUUUCCAAAUCGUGGAUCAUGUUGAUUAAAGAAUUUAAAUUGAAAAGACAUACAGUUGUACAAUCCAAUAUGGAAUUCUUGAGCGCAAAUCUGGGUUCAUUUUUACCAGUCUCAUCAUCUUUUAAUUCCAAACUUGUCGAUUUCAAUGAAAAUCCAUCUUUGAUGGGACUGUAUUUUCAUAACUUCACUGCCCGGGUUAGACCCCCCAAGUUUGAAAAUGAUUCAGGCGAUGCUCUUGAGUUUAUGUACCGUGUCGGGAAAGGUGUUCCUAAGGACACGGAGUGGGAUAAGGUUAUUCCUAUGAGACUCAUUCUUAGUGCAAGUGAGGUACGGGUUCAUUUAAGAGACUUUCCUUUGCCACUGGCUUAUAUUCCAAACUACAAAUCUGCAGAAAGAUGGUCAGAUAGUUUUGUUCUCAAAGCUACGUUGGUUUUUUCGGAGCCGAUGCCAAAAACAGACAAAGAAUACAUGUAUUUGCCUGUUCCUAUGUAUUUCAAUGUCGUCGAUGAAUGUGGAAUUUAUUCUUGGCAAGCCCCCAAAACAACAACUUCUGUAAAGUGUUAUUACGAAUGUGAGUGCAUAAUAAGCUCCGAUAAUCCAACUAUGGUCACUUGGUCAACAGCAUACCAAGCCGUGAUGAGGCAGUUGAAUAUUUGCUUUGAUACAUUCAGUAAGCCAACAAGCGAUCCAAGUCCGAAAUUGGGGAUUUGGGAUAAGAUGCGUAACAUCUUACAUGGAUAUGUUAAAAUCAAUUGGAAAAAUGAUGAGUCCGAAGUACGGCUGAAUAUCUUGAAUUCUUAUGAUCCCUACAAAAUACUAGGUUAUAAUGCAGGAUUCACAUUAGUUUUCAAAAAAGGAGUUGAGUGGAUGAUUAAUGAUCCUCACAGGAAACUCGAAAGAGACUACUUCAUAUUCAGAUCAAAGAGCAUUUUGUUUGGUAUUCCAAAUCAUUUGUCACAACCACUGCCAUGCUGGUGUUCCAAAAACUUGAUAUUUUUGCCAUCUAGUGACGAAAAUCUUGUUCUUUCUUCCAUGUACGGGUAUUACCUUGAUCAGAAUCUUUACGUUUCUGAUGAUUCCCACUUGAAAGAUAUUAUCGAUUUAAUCAGAGAUCUGGAAUUUGAGACGCACAAUAUAUGUUUGAAUGGAGAUAUAGAACUCACUCUAUCAAUGAUUUUUGAGAGGAAAAAUGAAGAUGGGACAAAAUCAAUAAAAUUCAAACCACACUAUGAAAAUAUUCUGACUAGCUCAGAUAAAGUGAAGGAUAAAGAUAAUUUUGAUUCUUACAAAGGUUUUAGGUCCGAUUAUAUCCAUAUGGCAUUAAAAUUGUCCGCAAAAGCUUCAACUUACAAUGUGCUAAGAUUAACUCCAAGAUCUAUCUUCCAUUUUAUAGGAUGGUUUAAACAGUUUAGUGGAGAUAUUGGUUUGCCAAUACGGAAUGGUACACUCUGGGCAGCUAAUGAAGAAUCCGUGAAGUUGGGAGGGCAUUUAAUGACCUUCAAGUUUAUGUUUGAUGUUGCACCUUUGUACAUUUUUCAUGGUUAUCGGAUAGAUCUCACAAAGCCUGACAAUCAUACUGUAAUCGGCCUAAAGGCAAAAAUUGCAAACUUUAGGUGUGACUUGCACCAGAGAAAGGAGAAGAAGGUAAAACACGUCGACUUUUUGGAUCAAAGUUUUGAAAUAAUGAAAAUGAGCUUUUACAUUGGGAAAGUAGACUUGGAUGACGUGGAUUUAAGAAUAGUGGGAUUGAAAUUUGAAGAACCCGGGGAUAAAACUAUGCCCAUACAUAAAUUUGAAAUUUUUGAUGAUGACCAAGACUGGGUUGACUUGAAUGAUUAUGAAGAAGUUGGCCUUCCAGCUAUAGCUAAUUGUGAUAUUACCGGGCAGAUACAUCCUUUAUCAUAUGCUUCGCAUUUUUGUUAUUGGAUGAAUAUGAAGUUAGAUGACAACCAAUUCGGAAAUGAAGAUUCUCAUGAUUGCUGUAUAGAUGCUGAAAACUUUCCAAAAUCAAAAUUUCAGCAUAUCUUUGAUACGGAUAAACUCAAAUUCAAAUGGCACUCUUUCAUCAGAAACUUAGUAUUUGAAUAUCUGGCUGGUAUUGAAUUCAGAGCUGCUUAUGUUUAUAGUACCUCGUACACGGCAAGAAAGGCAGUUGUUGAAAAGCUUGAAGAAGCCGGUAAAUCACAACCUGAUUCGGCAGGAACAAAAAAAAUGCCUGACUUUAGUGUCAAUAAUGCUGAAGAGUUUGAUUAUGUUAUGCGAAGUUUAAAUGAUUUUGCGAAAAAUACGGUUGCUGUAGAUCACAUGCUACUUAGAUUUAGAGAUGUUCAGCUUCAGAUGAUGGUUAGCCCAUCAGAUGACCAUUUGGUUUUAUUCCGAACUCAACAUAAUGAGAUAGAGAUUGUUUCAUUGAUGGAUGAAGGUUGGGUGAAAUACUUGAAGUCGGCCGAUAUUGCCAAGCGUUUUGGUACUAUUUUCAAGAAUGCAGAUUUAUUGAUGAUGUCAAGGAAAGAAUACGCAAGCAUAGGCAAAAAAAACAAGCAUUAUGGUAGCACUUCCUCCUGGCCUGCAUUCUUGGAUGGUGAUGAACCUGAAAAUUAUAUUAAAAGCAAGACUUUGCUAUCGGAUGUUUUGAUAUAUUUUGUCAUGGAAAAAGCAUCUAAUUCUUACGCAGGAGGAAAGCGUAGAAAUAAAUUGUACUUGAACAUCCCAACAUUUGAGACAAGAAUUGAUUCAGAUUCUUAUCUAACUUUUUUCAAAGUAGCACAGAAGCUAAUGAUGUACGUCAGUCCACAGCAGAAACACUUUGCAGAAAUGGUAGAGUCUCUUGCCCUUGCUACGGAGGAUACGAACAAGCGUUUUCUUCUCCAGAAUUUAGAAGCAUUAUCACAUGAGAUAAGAACAUUGUUGUUUAUUCACAAAACAACAACCCCAUUAAGAUGUGUUUCAAAUGGUGAAACAUAUUUUGACCCCUUGUUGCGUCAAAAAUGCUCAAAAUUAUUUUCUAAAGCAUUGAUUCUAUCAAAACUUGCGCUGCAAUCUUCAGAUUCAGUUGGUGAUGAGAAAGAUGACGAAUGUUUUAUGGAAUGGGUAAUCACAGCUUCUAACAUUAAUAUUGACUUCGUUGACAACAAGCACACGUUUAUGAAUUUUGCCAUGAAAGAAAGUUCUUUUUCAAGACUCGAAAUGCUUGAUAAAUCUACCAUAAAUGAGAUUUCAAUCAAGAAGAUUCAAAUUGGAAAUAAAGAUUACAACAUUUUAUACCCCGAACUGUUAACCCAAUUUGUUCCAAACGGGCAUGAUAUUAAAGGCACGAAUUUAGAUUCUAUGGUUAAAAUUAUGUGGGAAUUUGGUGAGAAGGUUGGGGGAAUGCAUAAUAUAAAGAAUGUCGAAAUUGAGUGCCAUCCGAUGAAAAUAUCAAUGGAAGACAAAACCGGCUUGAAACUUAUGCAUUUUUUAUUCCCCGAUGAAAUAAAAUACCAGGACAGUAAACGUGUUGGUGAUAGCAGCAGCGAUGAAGAUGAUGAGUACUCUUCAAGUAGUACCGAAGCAACUGUUAUUGAUUCAGAUAAUGAGAUGACAGAAUCUGGUAUUGAUAAAGAUAACAAUGCGCACAAUGGUACUUUAGCAAAAGAGGAGUUAGAGAAGACAGAAGACAUAUCAAAGAAAAAGUCAUCAGCCGAAAUCCUAAGUGAGUUUCUCAGUACGAGUGACGAGUCCAGAGAAGAAUUAUACAGUAACAUUAGUAAAAAAAGCUCGAUAAGUUUUGUGGGUUCACAAUCCACAAAAAAUGUGAAGGCUGAGAAUAAUAUUAUCUCAACAUACUCACAGAAAUUAAACAAAAGUCUUGUCAGUGGUAAGAUUGUCAACACAGUCCCUGCACUGGACAAUCUGUUGAAGGCCAAUAUCAAGAGCAAGAACCCAGAGCUUUCAGAUAAGUCUCUGAGUAUUUCAGAAAUGUCGGAAAGAGCCAAGACUUUUUUUUCGAUUAGAAAGUUCUUGUUUGCUGACUUUGUGCUCAAUGUAACGUUUUCAGGAAAGGGAAAACUUAGAUUGAUUAACGUUAAUAACCUAACAUUAAUGGUUCCCGCCUUUCAGGUUUCAAGGAAAUUAUGGACUAGUAUUGAUAUGAUUAACGCUGUGAAAAAGCAUGUUGUGAAAACUUUACUCAAACAAACCGGCCGCUUGUUGAGGAAUAAGAUGUUUGUUUACAAAAGCAAAAAGAGAGUCAAUCGUUUGAAUAAAGCAGUAAGUAAGCGAUAGAUAGAAUUGUUCCAAUAUAAAAGUUAUAGUUGCAAAGUUUUUAUUUAUAGUACAAGAAGCGCACAAGUGUCAACUGUAAUACGGGUUCAGUCGAACUUGACCUGCACGUGCC